AUGCUUGUGGAGGAUUCGCAGACAUCUCGAGCCAUGAUGACGAAGAAGUAUGCGCACUGCCCGCUGAAGAAGCGGCCGGUGCUGGUGCGGGAGGAGCGGCCGGCGACACCGCCCACCUCUCCACCGCACCCCGCCCACCUGGCCACGCGACUAUAUUACGAUUAUCAUUGUGACACAGAAAACGAUGAACCAGAAAAUUUAAGCACGAAACCUGAAGAUCUUUCGAAGACUGGUAAUUACCCAAGCAAAGCCUCUUCGCCUGUAUGUGCAGCUGCCGUAAAGGCAGAGCCGCGCGAGUGGGCACAGCAGCAGCAUCUGGAAUAUUUGGCUGCGUGCCGAGCUCGCCUCGAGCCUGUACCUACAGAACUCGCACGCCCAACACCACAGUACCCGUACCUACCCACCCUAUACGCGCCUUACCCUAUGGAAGAAUUGUAUCCUGCAGCGCCGACGCUAUCAUCUCCUGCGCAUGCGCCGCUAUAUGCUAGAUACUCGCCGGCAUCUCCGCCGUCUUCUUGCUCACCACCACCCUGUCCCGAAGAUCUUCGCUCUCCGGGUUCCGUAUCAUCUGAUUCGGGGGUCUCAGUAUCCGCACCGCGCCGUCCACGCUACCAAUGUCCAGACUGCGCAAAAUCGUACUCCACAUACUCUGGUCUCUCAAAACAUCAGCAGUAUCACUGUGCUGCUGCGGAAGGCAGUUUGGCGCGUAAAUCUUUCAGUUGUAAAUACUGCGCUAAGGUGUACACGUCUUUGGGUGCUCUUAAGAUGCAUAUUCGUACUCAUACGUUGCCUUGCAAAUGUCAUCUGUGCGGCAAAGCUUUCUCGCGCCCUUGGUUGCUUCAGGGCCAUAUUCGCACACACACGGGAGAAAAACCGUUUUCGUGCCACCACUGUCGCCGAGCGUUUGCUGAUAGAUCGAAUCUACGCGCACAUCUUCAAACCCACUCAGAUGUUAAGAAGUACUCAUGUUCCGGCUGCGGAAAGACCUUCUCGCGUAUGUCCUUACUGAGUAAACACCUAGAAGGUGGCUGCGGGUCACCUGGCAAUACUUCAUACGAAUACAGACCAGAAUCGUUACCAGUGACGCACCCACACCAGCAAUUGCCACCGCAGGCUACUAUCCACGCCUACUGAGAAGACUGAGCUUCGAAGCGUUACGAUCUCGAUCAUAAUGUAGACUAUAGUAACAUUUGUGUUAUCAUUACAAACAAAACCCUAAUUUAAACUUAAAUUAUUUUUGUACACGAUUUGUACUCUACUUUUUAUUAUAAGUACCUACUACGAUGUAGAAUAAGUUGUUGUGUGUCGUAAGUACGUAACUAUUUGAGGAAUCAUUGUAAAUUUCGACUCCUAGCUGUAACAUAGAGUUAAGUUAAGGUAGUUCAGUCGCGCUCGUUGCGAUUUUGCUAGUCAUGUGGCAUAUGCCAAGUGUCAUACACUUACUAAAACC